AUGUUUUACUUGUACAAUAAAUUCACUUCCGCUUCGACGAGAAAUCAUGAAGAAAAAAAGGACAACAUCGUAGAUGCCGGGAGAAAUGCAACUGUUCGAGCUGCUGAGUGUGUCACGAAAGGGAGAAGCAACGAAAGGGACAACAAGGAAGAGGAGGAAGAUUUGUUUUGGGCCCUUGAGGAAAAUGAACCAAGUAGGGAAGGCAUAAUGGAAAAUGCAAGGCAUGCCAACGGAGUGGAAAAAGAAAACGACAUUUUCUUAGCAGUUAGCUGUGCUACUGAAUGGAAGGAGGAAAAGGAACACUUGGAAAACUCAAACGAUGAAACGCAAAUAAAAGAUUCCGUGAAUGGACAACACAAGGAAGACCCUUUUGGAAAUGGUAACCUAUUUGAUAGUAGCUCCGAUCACGUGAAGAUAAAUCCAUCCUUACAUCCCAGGGCUCAACUGGAAAGUAGCAAUUUUGACCAAACAGUGAUGGGGGGAUGUCCACCUAGGGAGGAAAUGGCCUCUUUUGUGGAAUUUAUAUCCCACGAAAAGUUGAUAAGAUAUUUUAAUAAGGGGGAAGAAUGCGAAGAGGAAAAUGAGGAAGGCAUAAAAUUUGAGGACAAGGUUUGCACGCACAUCCAAGAGAGGGGAAAAAAUCAGGAAUGCAUUUUUAAAGAAGAAUCUGUGUUGCAUACACUGUUGGAGGGGGAACCUAUUGCUAGUGAGGGGAAAGAGGAAUGCCCAUUGGGGACAAUUGCAGACAUGAGUGUGUCAUAUGAGAGGGGACCCAGGGGAGAGAGCCACAACAUGAUGAGUUGUAGCAGAGGGGGUGGCGAAGAUGGGGUGGGAAAAGGGGCAGAAGAGGGCGUCCCAAAUGGGGGAGAAGAGGUUGUCCCAAAUGGGGGAGAAGAGGGCAUCCAAAAUGAGGCAGAAGAGGGCGUCCCAAAUGGGGGAGAAGAGGGCAUCCAAAAUGAGGCAGAAGAGGGCGUCCCAAAUGGGGGAGAAGAGGGCACCCCAAAUGGGCCAAAAGAGGACAACCCAAAUGGGGCAGAAGAGGACAACCCAAAUGAGUUCCCUAUAUUCGACCCCGUAAUGCCUGAUGACGAUGAAUCUGAGUGGAAUUUUUUCCAAGGAGUGCAUUUUCCCCAAGAGUGGCAGCAUGCUGCCCAUGAAGGUGCACGUAGUGGUGACUGUAGCGAUGCCCACAAUGGCGAGAGCAACCACUGGCCGGUGGACAUACACACUUGCCCAAAAACUAGUGAAGACAAAUUCAAUUUCUGUUCAUAUGAAUUCCCCGGGCUAGCUAAUAUCAAUGGCCAAGAAGAGGAAGAUAGGGAUACCUGCUUUGAUAAUAAAAAGUUAGAAAAGAUAAGCGAAGAAUUGGAAACACAAAAUGGGAAUCGCCCAAUUGAGAAAGAUUCUGGUGUAGAUAGCGAAAGGGAGGAGGUACUACCAAAGGUGGAAGGUGAAAAUGGUAAAGUAGUUCGAAGCAAAAACGUAUGUGAUGAAAAACAAACUUGUGAAGUAGGACAAAGUGGUGUAGCAGAAAAAUGGGACGAAGAAAAAUUGAUGCAGAUAAAUACCUUCCAAAGGAGAAACUUCGAAAUGGAUAAUACAAAAAAAUCGUUUGAUGUUUUUUUUUGCCGUGACGAUGAACAGUAUGAAGUUGCUUCCAUUUCGGAGAAGCAUGAAGGGGAAACAUUUUUUUUUGAAAAUAUGGAAAAGGUCGAAACAGUGAACGUAGAAAAGAGUAAUGAAGGGAAAGCUGUAUCUGUGGGUGAGGAGGUGCUUCUUGCGGAGGUGGCUGUGCGGGGAGGUGAAGAUGAUUUUUCGCUUUUCCAUAGUGAGGAAUCGAUGAUAGCAGUAGAAGUGGAAAAUGAGGAGGGAAUAUCCAUCCUUGAAAAUAAGCAAACGAUGGAAGUCGUGUUGGAAGGCGACGGAGGAGCGAGCGAAAAGGAGAGGAGUUUCUUCGAUAGAAAAGAAACCUACGAGACAGAAGAAGCCGCGGAAGAAAGCAAGGGGGAAACGCCGCAUGGUGUUUAUUCAUUCGAAACAGUAGAUUUAAAAAGUGGAAAUCUCAACGAAUCGGUCAAAAAUAGCACAUACAUAAAGUUGGAGGAAUUAACUGGAAGGAACGAGGCGAGGGGAAAUUUGUAUGAAACGGGAGAAGACACAGAAGAAAUUGCAAUGCAAAGGGUUGAGCAAUGGGAGGAGCAAAGGGUUGAGCAAUGGGAGGAGCAAAGGGUUGAGCAAUGGGAGGAGCAAAGGGAGGAGCAAAGGGAGGAGCAAAGGGAGGAACAAAGGGAGGAACAAAGGGUUGAGCAAUGGGAGGAGCAAAGGGUUGAGCAAUGGGAGGAGCAAAGGGUUGAGCAAUGGGAGGAGCAAAGGGUUGAGCAAUGGGAGGAGCAAAGGGUUGAGCAAUGGGAGGAGCAAAGGGUUGAGCAAUGGGAGGAGCAAAGGGUUGAGCAAUGGGAGGAGCAAAGGGAGGAGCAAAGGGAGGAGCAAAGGGAGGAGCAAAGGGUUGAGCAAAGGGUUGAGCAAAGGGAGGAGCAAAGGGAGGAGCAAAGGGAGGAGAAAAUGGAGGAACAAAGGGAGGAACAAAGGGUUGAGCAAAGGGAGGAAGAGAAAGGUCGCAAAGGGGAACAAAUUAACAUCGAAGAAAUGAAUGAAAUGAAGGAAGAUAGCCAUUUUAGUGGCAAAGAAAUGGAAGAAAUAAAGACAGUCGAAUUGGUUAGUCAAACAAAAAAAAAGUUUUACCCGCACCAAGAGGAAGAAGAUUCAGGUAAUGAUCACGAAUUAGAUGAGCAUAGCAAAUGUUUAGAAGAUGACCCAAAUGAUGAUGCAAAACAUAUGUUAGGAGAGAAUCCCAUAAAGGAUGGUGAAGAAUUGAAUUCCAUUUUUUUUCCAAAUAUUUCAAAUGAGCAAUUUCUGCAGGAAAAAAAUAAUGGGACGGAAAAUAAAUUAGAGGAUUUAUUAAGUGUGCCCACAAAUAUGAUGCCAAAAAAAAUUCUUUUUGAUGAGCAUGAGAGAGAGAUGCUCCCCACCCCCAGUAGAGACACGAACCCCGUUCGUGCCAACGAUAUAGAGGAAAAAAACAAAUGGGAGGAAUAUAGCCAAAGAGAGUGCGUCGAAACGGUUAAGGAGCCCCCAAAUUGUGCGCAAAUGUGGAAUGAAUUUUACGAAAAGGAAGCAGUUCAAAAGGUGAACUGGCAUACAAAGAUAAUCAAGCAGAAUGGGCCGGACGCAAAGGCAGGGUUAACAAAUGAGGAAAUUUUCGAAGCAGCUAAUUUGAAUGAUAAAAGGGAGAAAGAAAAAAAAAAAAAUUAA